AACUAACCGAAACUGGCACAAAAAAUCACAAGAGCGAUUUUUAUCGGGCCUUAGAUUAAAUAGACAAUUCAACAAAUAAAAUCGAAAAAACCGAUGACCGAGUACUAUAAAAUGUAAAAUAAGUACACUACAUGGGCAGUUGAUAUUAUAAGAAUCGAACAAAUUUCCUAGAGAUAUAAAAAUUCGGCAAUUAAUUUAUAAAAUCGUACUGAUGGGCUAGGACGCGAAUUAUUGUGGUAUUUAUCGUCGCCGUUGAAACAUGUAUUUUCAACGAGUUUUUAAGUAAAAAUUUGUGUUGUGAAGUUGCAAUAUUUUUUAUGUGAAUUUUGUGAGCUAGUGUAUGUGUUCGUGUCUAUGAAUAAAGUUGAGAAAGAGCAGAAAAUCCACUAAAAUGAUAGCAAACGAGAGAUCAGACAAUUUCAAGGACAAUUUAAAAGAGGGAUUCACCAAUUUAGCCUAUGAAAGUGAAAAAACCGAUGUAAAUGCUAACGAACAAAAUGUGAAUGGAAAAGUGAAACAAGAUGUUGAUUUCGACGAUAUUAUACCACAAUUCGGAAAUUUCGGCAAAUAUCAGAUAAUUCUGUUCUUGUUACUCGGACCGUACACCCUCUUCUUUGUCUUCGUCUAUUUCACACAAAUAUUUAUUACAUUAAUACCGGAAAAGUACUGGUGUCAUGUACCAGAACUACAGCAUUUGGAGUUGGAGGCUCGAAUGAACCUAUCGAUACCAUUGAUUGAUGGCGAAUUCAGUAAAUGCACUAUGUACGCUGUAAAUUACACUCAGUUACUUAUAGACAACAUUCGUGAACCAGAUCCCACAUGGGAAACACAAUCGUGUGUAAAUGGGUUUGAAUUUGAUCAUUCCGAAAUUACCUACACGACGAUUGCCACAGAGCUAGAAUGGGUGUGCGAAAAUGAUAUACUACCUACAAUAGCGCAGUCACUAUUUUUCCUCGGAGCCAUUACUGGUGGUCUUUCGUUAGGUUGGAUUGCCGAUCGAUUCGGACGGGUUCCAGCUCUCGUUGGUGCAAAUGUAGUUGGUGGCGCAGCUGGUAUCAUAACUGCAUUCGCUAAUAGUUUUUGGUCGUUCACAGUUUGUCGUUAUUUUGCUGGAUUCGCAUUCGAUAAUUGCUUCACUUUGAUGUACAUAUUAGUGCUUGAGUACGUUGGUCCGAAAUGGCGUACAUUCGUGGCGAACAUGUGUACAGCUAUCUAUUUCGGAAUUGGUGCUUUAGUCAUGCCUUGGAUUGCAUUUUAUGUCAAUGAUUGGAAAAUACUAACGAUUGUAUUGUCUGCUCCAUUACUUUUUGCUAUUUUCACUCCUUGGCUUGUUCCCGAAUCAGCGAGGUGGCUGGUUUCGCAAAAUAAAAUGGAAAAAGCAACGAGAAUUAUUGAGAAAUUCGAGCGAGUGAACAAAAAGACAAUUCCGACGGAAACGUUCAAACAAUUUUUGGAUACAUGCCAUCGAAACAAUGAAGAGCUUAAGGACAAGACGUAUUCAUUUUUCGAUUUGUUUAAGACGCCUCAUCUACGGAAAAUUGCUCUCUUAACUAUUGUCAUUUAUAUGUCUACAUCGCUGGUCUACGAUGGUUACAUUCGUAGUAUCACAACAAUCGGAUUUAACGUGUUCGUGGCCUUCACUUUGGCUUCUGCCACUGAAUUUCCAGCUUCGUUUAUUUUAACAUUUAUAUUGGAUAAAUGGGGACGGCGGUGGUUGAUGUUUGGUACGAUGGGGCUGUGCGCAUUAUGUAGCUUAGCUCUGUCAUUUACCAUUAACGGAAAUGUGAUAGUUUCAGUUGUUCUGAUGAUAGUCGGACGAUUCUUCGUCAACUGUUCAUACAACAUAGCGCAACAGAUUUCUGCUGAAUACCUACCAACAGUGGUAAGAGGAAUCGGCGUUGCAUUUAUCCACAAUUUAGGCUACGUAGCAAACUUGUUGUCACCGGUCGUUAUUUACUUACAAUCAAUCAAUUCAUCGCUGCCGUUUUAUAUUUUAACGAUUGUGGGUCUGAUCGGAGGCUCGGCGAUUCUGGUGCUGCCGGAAACAAUGGAUAAGGCUUUGCCGCAAACGUUAGAAGAUGGUGAAAAUUUCGGCCUCGACGACACAUUUUGGUAUCCUUGUGUGAAGCCGAGAAAGAAUUCUGAUGCGGCUGAGUAAGCAACAAAUUCUGGUUCGAAAUUUUACAUAUGCGGCUGGUUUGCGGAAGUGGAAUAGGAUAGGAUAGUCUGUGUUUAUUUAUUAUAAUAUAUUAAAUGAGAUCAAUGUUACUACAACG